AGGGCAGUUAUUCUCUAGGGUUUAAGAAUCUUAUUGAGGGUUUUUGGCUUCUUGCACAAGGAGAAGCUCAGCAAUGGCGUUCUGGGGAGUUGAAUUGAAACCAGGAAAGCCAUACACUCAUCGUUUCAACGGUGAUAGAGGAAGGCUCCAUGUUUCUCAGGCAACACUAGGCACCGGUUCAUCUAACAAAAAGAGCAUAGUUCAAUGUGUCGUUGGGGACAAGAAACCAAUUUAUUUGUGCAAUUUGUUGCCUGAAAGACUUGAGACUUGCGCUUUGAAUCUUGAAUUUGAAGAGGAGGAUGAAGUUACAUUCUCAGUUAAAGGCCAUCACCAUGUUCACCUCUCUGGUUUCUUUUUGGGUGAGAGUCAAGAUGAUGAUGGAGAUGAAUAUGAGUUUGAUCCAUAUGAGGGUGGUUUUGUUGAGGGUGACAGCGAUGAAGAUGAUUCUAUUGAUUAUGAUUUUGAGGGUGAAGAUGAUGAAGAUGAUUCUGAUGAUGAUCUUGAUAUGUACCCACAUUCACCAGUCCCAAACAGUGGAGUAAAAAUUGAGGAAAUUGUGGAGGAUAAAAAACCUGCUGAUGAGAGUGAUUUGUCCAAGCGGCCAAAAAAGAAGAAAAAUCAACCUUCUAAAGGCCAUGAAAACUCGGAUAAACAGAUAGUGGUCAAGAGCAAUAACAGUGUUCCUGUAUUGGAGAGUGAAGAUGAAGAUGGGUUUCCAAUAUCUACUUCCCCUAAGAGCAACUCUGAUGCAGUUACCAACAAAUUGAAAUCACAAGAAAAUGAAGAUCAUGAAACAGAUCAAAAAGUCCAGAAAGGAAAAAGAAAAAUUGAUGCUGUUGACCAAACCUCUGGAUCUGAAAAUGCUAAGCAAAAGAAGAAAAACAAGAAGAAAAUGGUGCCAGACAGAGAGGAUGCUGAUUUAGAUGAUAAAGAACAUGCUCCAGCAGCUGAAACGGAAAAUAAUGAGAAGCCAACUAAUGAAGUUGAGACAGAGAAAAAGAAGAAGAAAAAGAACAAGAAGAAGCAAGAUAGUGGAGCAGCCAUUGACGUACAGCAGAGUGGUGGCAAAGAAAUUAAAUCCCCUAUGGCUGUAGAGGAGAAAGCUGACAUUAAGCCUUCACAAGUGAGAACCUAUCCUAAUGGAUUGAUCAUAGAAGAGUUAUCAAUGGGUAAACCGGAUGGUAAAAGAGCUUCAGGUGGAAAGAAGGUUAGCGUCCGCUACAUUGGCAAACUGAAGAAGAAUGGCAAAAUUUUUGAUUCAACUGUUGGCAAAGCACCCUUUAAAUUCCGUUUAGGUAUUGGUCAAGUUAUAAAGGGAUGGGAUGUUGGUGUGGAGGGCAUGCGUGUAGGAGAUAAAAGAAGACUCACAAUUCCUCCAGCUAUGGGUUACGGGGCAAAAGGUGCUGGCGGGGUUAUACCACCAAACGCAUGGCUGGUUUUUGAUGUUGAGUUAGUUGAUGUAAACUGAUCAUGGACACAUCAUGCAUUCUUCUGUAGGGGAUUUUUGGAAGAGUCAAAAUCUAUUGUUUUUUUUGUUUCCUAUUGAGAGAUUAUUUCCUAUACAAUUUUGCUAGAACGAUCCUGAUUUUGCAAGUGUGGAUACCGAGUCUGAACAUAACUUAGUGAUGAUAUAUGAAUAUAUCCACAUUCAGGAAAGUGUAAUACAACUUCUAAUGCUAUUUGAUUGUAAUACUAAAUCGUGCAAUUUCAUGUUUUUCAAAAUCAAGAAUGUAUUGGUUCA